GUCGCUUUACCUGGCAGUCCGCCCUGCCCUCGGUGACUGCUCUAGCGCUUUGCACCGGUGUGACGAGCGCUGGGCGGGAGCUGCUCCCCGACAGCGGCGCGAGCGUCUCGGCGAGGAAACAUGGCGGCCCUGACGACGGUGGUGGUGGCCGCAGCGGCCACCGCUGUCGCUGGGGCAGUGGCGGGGGCGGACGCGGCGGCCCGGAGCAGCGCGGGAGCGGCACUGGCUCCGCCACAGAAUGAUGGCUGUUUUAGUACUUCAGGUGGAAUUCGUCCUUUUCAGCUUCAAAAUUGGAAGCAGAAAGUUAGUCGGACUAAGAAAGCAGAAUUCAUACGCACAGCAGAAAAAUUAAAAAAUCAAGUUAUUAUCCUAGAAAAAGAUAAGCACAGUCAUUUCUACAGCCAAAAAGGUGACUUCAGAAUUGAGCGUAGUAUGCUGGAAGAAUUGGAAAAUAAAUUGGUAAACAGCAGGAAAACAGAAAGAGCAAAAAUACAGCAACAGUUGGCCAAAAUACAUAACAAUGUUAAGAAGCUUCAACAUCAGCUAAAAGAUAUGAAGCCAACACCUGAUUUUGUUGAAAAGCUCAGAGAAAUGAUGGAAGAAAUUGAAAAUGCAAUUAACACUUUUAAAGAAGAGCAGAGACUAAUAUAUGAAGAACUUAUUAAAGAAGAGAAAACAACGAAUAAUGAGUUGAGUGCCAUCUCAAGAAAAAUUGACAUGUGGGCUUUGGGCAAUUCAGAAACAGGGAAAGCUUUCAGAGCAAUCUCAAGCAAAGUUCAUGUUGAUAAAGUAACACCAAGUACUCUUCCAGAAGAAGUGGUAGAGUUUGAAAAGUUCCUUCAGCAAACAGGAGGGCGACAAGGGGGCUGGGAUGAUAUUGACCACCAGAACUUUGUAAAGGUGAGAAACAAACACAGAGGGAAGCCGGUAUUUAUGAGAGAAGUUCUAGAACACCUUCCAGGAAGAACACAGGAUGAAGUUCAGCAGCAUGAGAAAUGGUAUCAAAAAUUUCUGGCUCUAGAAGAAAGAAAAAAAGAGUCUAUUCAAAAUUGGAAGACUAAAAAGCAGCAAAAAAAAGAGGACAUUUUCAAGUUAAAAGAAAAGGCAGACAACACACUGUUGCUUCUUCAUAGUAAACCAGAAGAUAGUCAGAAGGUAGAGGAAGAGCAAAGAAGGAAACAGAAAUUGGCAGUUGAAGCUUGGAAGAAACAGAAAAGUAUAGAAAUGUCAAUGAAGCAUGCUUCCCAGGUAAGAGAGGAGGAGGAGAAAGAGAGAAAGCAGCAGAAAGAGCGCCAGCGCCAAUUUAAGUUAAAACUACUCCUAGAAAGUUACACCCAGCAGAAGAGAGAGCACGAAGAAUUUCUGAGACUUGAAAAGGAGAUAAAGGAAAAGACUGAAAAGGCAGAAAAAAGGAAAAUGGCUGCUGAUGAAAUUUCCAGGUUUCAGGAAAGAGAUUUACAUAAACUUGAAUUGAAAAUUCUAGAUAGACAGGCAAAGGAAGAGGAAAAGGCAGAAAAACAAAAACGACUGGCAAAACUGAAGGAAAAGGUUGAAAAUAAUGUCAGUAGAGAUCCCUCUAGGCUUUAUAAGGCCACCAAAGGUUGGGAAGAACGAACCAAAAAGAUAGGACCAACAGACUCUGGACCACUUCUCCAUAUUCCACACAGGGCUAUUCCAACCUGGAGACAAGGAAUCUAGAGAAGGAUAUGAGAUAAUGGAACUGCUAUUCAUUUGAUGAGAAUGUUGGUAUAUUCCUAUUUCAGGAGACAGUGAUUAGCCACGCUUUUUAAAUAUCACUAGCUUAGUCAAACUGGUUCUCGUGCUAUAUGUGAAUCCAGAGGUUUUAAGUGUCGUGUAGCAUUGUCAGUAUUUAUUUCUAUUAAGAUAAUAUUUAAUAUGAUAUGUUGGCCUAUUACUGAUGUGAAAAUUAUUUAAGAUUUGUUACAAAUGUUAUUUCAUUUAAAUAUUCAAAGCAUUUCAAAGAUAAUUUGUUUUUAUUAUAGCUUAGCAAAAUAACUUGGGACAAUCAGACUUUUUUUAAGCCAAAAUUUUGUAACUUUUUAAACUUGGAAGUAUGUAAGCUUGAGUAACAAAUCUAAAAUGCUCCUUUUUUAAGGGUAUUCAAUAACUUAGUACUUUUUCUAAGUUUAAAUAAUUGGUAGUUUGUCAGUUGUUGCAUUUUAUAUAAUAAAUAUUUUGUAUUUGAUUAAAGCAUGUUUUAU